ACCCCUUUCCCGCCCCCUUCCAGCAUCUGACAAAGCGACCGUCAGCCUCCGGGCGGCAGGCUCACCAGGUUGAUCCAGAGACUUCCAGCCACUGUUCGGUCCCUCCGCUUCUGUCAGGCCCUGCUGUUGACUACAGAGGAGUUUCACCUCUGGAUCGGACUUAAAACGUUAGCGAUAAUGCCCACAAUAAAACUACAGAGCUCCGAUGGGGAAAUCUUCGAAGUGGAUGUUGAGAUAGCCAAACAGUCUGUCACCAUCAAGACCAUGUUAGAAGAUUUGGGAAUGGAUGAUGAAGGAGAUGAUGACCCAGUUCCACUCCCUAAUGUGAAUGCUGCCAUCCUCAAGAAGGUGAUUCAGUGGUGUACUCAUCACAAAGAUGAUCCUCCUCCUCCUGAGGAUGAUGAGAACAAGGAGAAGAGGACAGAUGACAUUCCCGUGUGGGACCAGGAGUUCCUCAAAGUGGACCAAGGCACCUUGUUUGAACUCAUUCUGGCCGCCAACUAUUUGGACAUCAAAGGCCUGUUAGAUGUCACUUGCAAGACGGUGGCCAACAUGAUCAAAGGCAAAACCCCUGAGGAGAUCAGGAAGACUUUCAACAUCAAAAAUGAUUUCACAGAGGAAGAAGAAGCCCAGGUACGCAAAGAGAACCAGUGGUGUGAAGAAAAGUAAAGGGGAAGAUCCUGCCAACACUACCACACUGAAAAGGAUUGUCCCUGCUAACUGGUUGCACUGGCGUUGUUCAUACUUGUGAAUAUUUACAUUUAGUAUAUUUAGAGCCACAUGCCCCCCGUCCCCUUUACUCAAUUUCUGUAUACCAGUAGCAUGACCAUUUUAACUUGCCUCUGUGGUGUUAUUUAAGUAAAGGAGCUCUUUUCCGUUUCGACACA